AUGACCGAGAGGUUGUUGAACCUCACCCUGGAGAUCAUCUACCUGCUGACCGGAGAGGAUUGUUUGGUUUUGAAAAAGACAUCAGGAGAGCUUCUGACUUCCAGGAACCGCAACCAAACUUCCAGCACCUGGAGCAGGAGCCAGAGCCCCGACACUGUGCCCUCACCGCUUUCACUGGUCCAUAAGAACAAUAAGGAACAGAAGAUCCUAGAAGUCACCCACAAGAUCAUUGAGGUGCUGACCGGAGAGGUAUGGGGGUCUGACGAUGACUACAAAGAAGAGGUCAUCCAGGAUCACCACUCCCUGUCCUCAUCAGAUGGAUCUAGUAACGCAGUUUCGCAAGAAGGAUCUCCCAAUCCUCAUUAUUCCCGAGACGGUAUAGACGACCGCCACGGCGUCACGCGGUUUUAUCAGGAUGAACACGUAGGCGACUUUAAGAUUUUUGUCAAACAAGAGAAAAAAGAAGAGCAAGGGGGCGAUGACGACGUCAUUCACGUGACCAUCAAAGAGGAAGAGUAUCCAGCGGAUAUUGGCAUAGAUGGUCGCCGUGUCCGUCGGACCUCGGAAGGUUGUCUGAUCUUAUCCUGCGAUAUGGAGGAGAACGACGUGGUGCAGGAUUCUCCAGAAGAAGAGGAGGAGGAGGAAGAGGAUAACCCGGUCACCAUAGACAUACAAACAGAGGACUGCACAGAGAAAGCCCUCGAUCUAUCCAACACCGGGGGAUCCUCUCCCGAAAUCAUUACGCACACGGUGGGGAACAUAGUCCUGAAUCCUAAUUUUGAUGGGUUCUACGUCCAAAAGCCCAAAACCAGGCAGAAGAGGACACCUCAGCCCAAGCCCCAACCCAAAGUCCGCCGACGGAAGACUCCUGUAGACGAAAAACGAUUCCAGUGCUGCGAGUGCGGCAAAUUCUUCCCGCACAAAUCCUAUUUGAUCAAGCACGAGCGUUCUCACACGGGCGAGAAGCCCUUCAUCUGCUCCGAGUGCGGCAAAUGCUUUACGGACAACUCCGGCCUGAUGAAACACGUCAGAAUCCAUUUGACCGAAAGGCCGUACCAGUGCUGCUCGUGCGGGAAGGGCUUCACGUACAAGGCCGACCUCAUUAAACACGAGAGGAUCCACACCGGUGAGAAACCCUUCCCGUGCUCCAAGUGCGGCAAAUGCUUCACAGACAAAUCGGGCCGUGCCAAGCACGAGAGAAUCCACUCCGGCGAGAAGCCCUUUCCCUGCCCCAUUUGCGGCAAAUGCUUUUCACGGAAGUCGCACAUGGCCAAGCAUCAGAUCAUCCACACAGGCGAAAAGCCCUUCCUGUGCCAGGAGUGCGGGCGCUGCUUUGGGCGCAAGUCCCACCUCACCAACCACCAGAUCCUUCACCGGGGGGAGAAGCCGUACAUGUGCCCCGAAUGCGGCAAGUGUUUCGCCCAGAGGCCGGGCCUCAUCAUCCACCGCAAAAUUCACAAGCCAAAAGUUGCCCCCGUCAGUUGA